CGGGCCCAGAUCCUCGGCUAUCUGGACUAUAUCGGUCUGCAUCGGUCUCUCCACUUCAGCAUUGAGCCCAUUCAGGUACAUAUCUACCACCUUUCUUGUACUGCCAUAAUUCUGCCAUUUGUCUUCUCGACAUUAUCUUCGCAACAUCGUAAGAAUGGAAUUUCAUAUCAACCCCGACGAUCUGCCCUCUCUCGCGGGCAAGACGAUCCUCAUCACCGGUACUCCUUUCUCCACAUUCCCACUGGAAUCCCCGCUGACCCCAUCAACAGGAACCAAUUCAGGCAUCGGCCUCUCCACAACGCACUUCCUCCUUUCACACGGCGCAAAUGUCAUCGCUGGCGACAUCUCUGCCUCUCCACCCCCCUCCUUGCCCAAUCCCAACCUCACCCCCUCGACGCCUCAACCUAAACCCGGAACCCUUUUCUACCAGCCCACCAACGUCACUGAGUGGUCCAGUAUCCGCGCACUCUUUGAAAAAGGACAUGAGCAUUUCGGGCGCAUCGACCACGUCUUCGCAAAUGCAGGCAUCCGACCACAGAGCAACUUUCUCGAAGAGACCUUCGACGAAGACGGGCUCCUUGCGCCGCCGAAUCUCGGCACCGUGGAUGUGAACCUCAUCGGCGUGGUGAAUACCCUACGACUAGCCGUAUAUUAUCUGAAGCGCGGCGAUAGACCCCAAUCUCAGCAGUCCGAGUCCCCAUCAAACGGCGAGCAUAUAGUCCAAGGGAAAAGCAUCAUCCUCUCCGCCUCCGGCGCCUCCCUCCGCAACUUCUGGGCCGCCGACUACGCCACCGCCAAGCAUGGCGUUCUUGGCCUCAUCCGCGGUCUAACUGAGGAUACGACCUCCCUGGGCGGCGUGCGCCUUAAUGCCGUGGCCCCGUCCUGGACGGACACUGGGAUGGUGCCGAAGACGUUGCUGGAGAGUGUUGGAGCAAGAGUCCAGGAUGCGGUUGCGGUGGCGAGGGCCGUGGCCACCCUGUUUGGCGAUGACCAGAGACAUGGUCAGUUGGUGUAUAUUUGGGAUGGACGGUACUUCGAGUUGAAUUCCUCCAAGGGAGGGAUGCUGGAUUCGGUGGAUCGUAUGUUGCCGGAGAUGGUGUCGGAGGGGGAGGCGAUGGUAAGGUUGAGAAUGAGGAGUUUGGAGAGUCGAGUGACCGGUUGAUAUCUUCAGGCUUCUUUUGGGCGGUCGGAUCCUUUAGUAGUUUUUGUAUUUCGUUUGUAUUCGGUGAUUUAAUUUUUAUUUGACUGCGCUUAAGUCAUGAUUUGAUUGUCUUGAACAGGAUGUCAUAUGGAAUGAAUAAAUGAGUUUCUUCAGACGGAACGCUAAUCAAAUAUACCUGGUCUAGUUUCUACAAGGGUGUGC